CUUUUUCUGUUAUCCCAUGAUCAAACCAUCACCAGUUCUUGGAGAAAACCCAAGAUAAGAAACUGAGAGAGACUUCAUCCUCACUUCACUCUCCCCUGCCCUCCACAGUCCCUCAGAAGCAAAUAAUGUCUGCCACUCUCUUUCUCACUCCUCUUUCCACUCUACUAAACACUACCCAUCAUCUUCCCUCUCACUCAAACCCACGAUUCCAUUCAUACAAUCCCAUCUCAUCUGCCUUAAACUCAAAACCUCCACAAAACCCCAAACCAACUAACCCAAUUCCCUCAAAAUCUCCGAAUUCUCUCUCACUCAGCUCCACCACGACAACCCCGAAUUCGAAGGCUCCAUCAGAGCCUAAUUCAAGCACUGACGCUUGUAUUAAGGCGCCCACAGCUCCAUGGAUGAAGGGUCCUCUUCUUCUUCAACCCCAUGAAGUCAUUGACUUCUCAAAACCCCGAAACAAGAAGACCCACAACAAUGCCAAAGCCGAAAAGCCGGAUACUGUGCUGGCUGGGAAGUUAGUUGGCAUUAGAGGCGAUAAAGCAAUCAAGCAAAUUGUCCAAAGCAUUGAAAGGCUUGGACCAAACCAGAAAACAGAUGAAACCCAGAAAGGUUUUGGGGAAUUUAGAAUUUGGGAUUCCUUGGAGGGACUUGGACAAAAUGAAAAAUGGGAUGAAACCCACAAAGAUUUUGUGGAGUUUGGAAUUGGUGGUUGCUUGGAGGGACUUGGAAAAGCUGCGGAAUCGAGAUUUGGCGGGAAAAUGCCGUGGGAGAGGGAUGAAAGGAUCGUCUUUCAGAGAAUAAAGAAGAAAAGGGUGGCAAGUGCAGCCGAACUGAGCCUCGAGAAAGAGUUGCUUGAGAGGUUGAGAGGUGAGGCUGCUAAGAUGAGGAAAUGGGUGAAGGUCAAGAAAGCUGGGGUCACUCAAGCCGUUGUGGAUGAUAUAAAGUUCAUUUGGAAAACAAAUGAACUUGCCAUGGUCAAAUUUGAUGUGCCUCUCUGCCGGAAUAUGCAUAGAGCUCAAGAAAUAGUUGAGACCAAGACUGGAGGCAUGGUUGUUUGGAGAAAGAAAGAUACACUUGUAAUUUAUAGAGGAUGCAAUUAUCAGUCGAGUUCAAAAUUUUUUCCAAAGAUGCGCCCAUGCUCUGCUGACCGUCAAGAAACAUUGUCCUCCGAUCACAUGCAGCCGGAUUUGGAAGAAAGUAGUAGUUAUCAAUAUAAAUCAUUUGAAAGUCCUGUGGAUGAAAAGAUGAGCGGAAAGGAUGCAGAAGAGGAUUGUAUUCAAACUGGAACCUCUCAAGAAACCAGUAUGAGUUGCCAACCCACUACUAGGUCAUUAUAUGAGAAGGAAGCAGAUAGAUUAUUGGAUGGCUUGGGACCUCGAUUCAUUGACUGGUGGAUGCACAAACCUUUGCCAGUAGAUGCGGACUUGCUUCCGGAAGUGGUUCCUGGGUUCAAAGCUCCAAUUAGGCGUUGUCCACCACACACUAGAUCAAAGCUGACAGAUGAUGAACUAACAUUCUUGAGGAAGUUUGCUCGCUCAUUACCUACUCAUUUUGUCUUAGGAAGGAACAGAAAACUUCAAGGCCUCGCUGCUGCCAUUUUAAAAUUGUGGGAGAAAAGUCUUAUAGCGAAGAUUGCUGUGAAGUUCGGAGUUCCGAACACAAACAACGAGCAAAUGGCAUAUGAGCUGAAGUGUCUCACAGGAGGAGUUCUGAUACUACGUAAUAAGUUUAUUAUAUUACUUUAUAGAGGCAAGGACUUCCUUCCUUGUGGGGUUGCAGAUUUAGUAGCAAAAAGGGAAGUGGAGCUCACAAGAUGGCAACUCUAUGAAGAACAUGCACGCCAAAAAGCAAUUGAAACUUUUUGUGAAUCUGGUGAACCAUUAGUGAAUACAGUUGGAACAUUAUCAGAAUUCCAAGAUAUCCAAACAGAGUAUGGAGAACUUAUAAAAGAAAAUAAGAAUGUCGAAAUUAAGCUGGAAGCUGAAAAGGAACGACUAGAGAGGGAACUGAGGAAUCAAGAAAGGAAGUUUUUCAUUCUAAACAAAAAAAUAGAGAAAUCAACAAAUGAGUUAUCAAAGUUGAAUUCUCAAAGGACACCUGCUGAGCAGGAUGUUGACCAGGAAAUGAUGACUGAAGAAGAGAAAGAAUGUUUACGAACGAUAGGACUGAAGAUGCAUAGUUGCUUGGUGCUCGGCAGGCGUGGGGUUUUUAAUGGUGUAAUGGAAGGUCUUCAUCAGCAUUGGAAGCACAGAGAGGUAGUCAAGGUUAUUACGAUGCAGAAACUGUUUAGACAGGUCAUGCACACUGCAAAGUUGCUUGAAGCAGAAAGUGGUGGGAUUCUAGUUUCAGUGGAUAAGCUAAAAGAAGGCCAUGCUAUUAUUAUUUACCGUGGGAAAAAUUACCAACGGCCUUUAAGGCCAACAGGGGGGAAUCUUCUAUCUAAAAGAAAAGCAUUGCAUAGAUCUCUUGAAAUGCAGAGAAUUGGAUCACUCAUGUUUUUUGCAUCCCAGAGACAGCAAGCAACCUUAGACUUGAAACUCAAACUGGAAACUCUGGAAAAAAGCAGAGGAGUUGAUCAAAGAGAAUCUGAAGUUUGAAAUACUAUUGACUAAUUGAUGUAUCAUGCUGUUUCCCUUGAAUUUUCGGCUCCUUCAUGUUGAUUUGCCAUAGGACAGAAAUUUCUUCUCAGUCAUCAAUUCACUUUACAAAAUGAUGAGAUCUUGCUGGAGAAGCCAAGAAUAUCUUUGGAGGAAUUUCCAUGGUUUGAAGGCUACCUUCCAGCAUUUCUAUCACCUUACUCAUGGAUGGCCGAUCAGAGGGAUUAAUCUGAAUGCACCACAAACUUAUCAAAAUCAUUUUCCUUACCAUUUGUUCUUCCUUAGAACGUUGACGUGGCUGUUCCACAUGCCCAAAUGACUGCCUGCUGAUGUUAGGUUCCUUGCCACAUCGUAGUAGCUGAAGUUGCCUGUGUCAUUUCCAUUUACUGCGCAAUCAAUUGACUGGGGAGAAAGCUCUGGAAUUGAAGGGCAUCCACACUACAGUAUGAGCUUAUGACUAUCAGAAGCUUAGUUAAAGAACCGGCAAUCCAGAGUAGUAUUGACGACAAUGCCUGCUGGACAAGUAUUGUUCCACAAAUCUGCAAAGGCAACUUUGAGAGUCUGUCAUGUUGUUGAUUCCAAAAAUCUGGUAACGUUGUGACAUGAUUGAGAUCUCAGGGCCAUCGGUUUUGCAUUCUAGUUCAAAUGCAGGGUGGCCGCAGUACUCUGGCCGGUGGAGACCCCAGAAUGGAUAUCCUAUGUCAUUGUCAUCUAUUCCUGAGCACCAAAAUGUUUUACUGCAGUUUAGGUAUUGCUUAUCAUAGCCAGCAGACAGAGAGGGGAGGACAUUUGCAAUAGAGUGAAGGAGAAACAAACACAGGCAACAAAGUUUCAUUUUUCUCUCCGUGGAGCUAAGAAAGCCAGAAAUAGAACUCAGAUAUGGAAAGUGAAGUUAUUAUGUUUCUGUAAAUGUACAUAUUCUUUUUGUUUUCUUGAGACAAACAGUGUUUGAAUUCAAUGGCUUUUCCCAAGGAAAUGACUUUGAUUCUUCUUUCAGUUAAUUUCGCAUGCACCUGCACCAGAGAAGAGUAAAAGAGGCCAAGACAAAUCCUGUUGUCUAGAAGGAUGACUAUAUUUAACUAGAGUUAUUUUGACUCCAUUGCUGAUGCUACCUCAGAUUGCAGCUUGAAGAUUUUUGUUCCAAUGACAGUCCUAGCACUCGUUAUUCUCAUUCCAGUCAAUGUAUCAAGUGGAACAUUAUUUUUCCCAAGGAAAGAAUUAGUUUUGACUUUUGAGUGACAUUGAUAAACUCUCUAUAUCAAAUGUGCGCCCUAAAUCCAUAAGGUUUUUUUUUCCACAUAGGAUUGGAAGACUUGUUCACACUCUGGACUUGUUACAUGUUAUACAAGGAGUAUGACUAUGUGGCAUCAAUGAGAUUACAAUUCUUAGCUUCACAGCGCAGGCGUGCAGAACAGUUCACAGUGAGUAAAAUCAUCAAUUACCACAUAAGAAUCCAUAAGAAUUAAGUGGAAUUGGUAAGACAUUAAUAAAUAAAUAAAAAGGAAUAAUAAGAGAGGUAUGUUUUUCCCAAGGC